CAGACCCGGAAGUGGACCGCUCCACCCCGGACCCGCUGCCCGGUCAGCGUCCCACCCGCCCAGCAAUGGGGCCGCUGCGCUGGCUGCCGCUGCUCGGCCAGCUGUUGCUGCUGUGGCCGCCGGCGACCCGGCCCGCCGGCCCCAUCCGGGCCUUCGUGGUGCCCCACAGUCACAUGGACGUAGGCUGGGUCUACACGGUCCAGGAAAGCAUGCGGGCCUAUGCAGCCAAUGUCUACACCACUGUAGUGGCAGAACUGGUCCGCGGGGAGCGGCGCCGCUUCAUCGCUGUGGAGCAGGAGUUCUUCCGGCUGUGGUGGGACGGUGUGGCCUCUGAGCUGCAGAAACAGCAGGUCCGCCAGCUCCUGGAUGAAGGACGCCUGGAGUUUGUUCUUGGAGGCCAGGUCAUGCAUGAUGAGGCCGUGACCCACCUGGAUGACCAGCUCUUACAGCUCACAGAAGGACAUGGCUUUCUCUAUGAAACGUUUGGAAUCCGGCCACAGUUCUCCUGGCAUGUGGACCCCUUUGGUGCAUCAGCAACGACCCCUACCCUGUUUGCCCUGGCAGGCUUCAAUGCCCAUCUCAUCUCUCGGAUUGACUACAACCUCAAGGAUGCCAUGCAGGAAGCUCAGGGGCUGCAGUUCGUGUGGCAUGGGUCUCCAUCCCUGCCGGAGCAGCAGGAAAUCUUCACUCAUGUCAUGGACCAUUAUAGCUACUGUACCCCCUCACACAUCCCCUUCUCUAACAGGUCUGGAUUUUACUGGAAUGGUAUAGCCGUCUUCCCAGAGCCACCCCCAGAUGGUGUGUAUCCUAACAUGAGCGAGCCUGUCACCGUAGCCAACAUCCAUCUCUACGCCGAGACUCUGGUGGCCAACAUUAAACAGAGGGCUGCGUGGUUCCGGACUCCGCAUGUCCUCUGGCCCUGGGGAUGUGACAAGCAGUUCUUCAAUGCCUCAGUGCAGUUUGACAACAUGGACCCUCUGCUGGAGUACAUCAAUAACCGCACGGCCCAGUUUGGCAUCUCAGUGCAGUAUGCCACACUGAAUGACUACUUCCAAGCCCUGCAUGCCUCCAAUGUGACCUGGGGCACCCGAGACCACCAUGACUUCCUUCCCUAUUCUUCAGAGCCAUGGCAGACCUGGACCGGCUUCUACACAUCCCGGAGCACCCUCAAGGGUCUAGCGAGACAAGCCAGUGCCUUGCUUCAUGCUGGGGAGUCCAUGUUUACACGCUAUAUGUGGCCAGCCCCCCGUGGGACUCUGGACCCUACCUGGGCCCUGCAGCAGCUCCAACAGCUUCGCUGGGCUGUGUCUGAGGUCCAGCACCAUGAUGCCAUCACAGGCACUGAGUCCCCCAAAGUGAAAGACAUGUACACGGAGCAUCUCAGGACGGGGAUGCUGGGCAUACACAAGCUGAUGGCCUCCAUUGCCCUGGACAGGCCCCCAGUGUCUGGCACAGACACAAGGCCUGUGGGAUACUCUGCUUCUGUGUACAACCCACUGGCCUGGAAGAUCACCACCAUUGUCACCCUGACUGUCGCUUACCCCAAUGUCAGCGUCACCGAUGAGUUGGGCCACCCAGUGUCAGCACAGAUUCAGAACUCUACAAAGGACCCUUCUGCGUACGACCUGCUCAUCCUGACCACCAUCCCAGGCCUCAGCUACCGGCACUAUCAAGUCAGGCGCGCCCGAGGGGACCAGGCAGGCACCAGGGAGCUGGUCGCCCCCAGGGCCAGCACCCUCAAGUUUAGUCUCAAACUGAGGAAGCAGACCAGCCAGGAAGGCAAGCGCCUGGUCCCUGUGACGAAUGACUGCUAUACUCUGCUGUUCAACCAGGACACCAACAUGUUACAUAGCAUUCAGGAUAGACAGAGCAACCACACGGUGCACAUGACCCAAGAGUUCCUGGAGUACCAUGCCAACGGGGACGUGAAGCAGGGCCCCAUUUCUGACAACUACCUUUUUGCACCCAACGAUACUGCUGAGCCUUCCUGGGAAGCAGUGGGGAUGGAGAUAGUAGCAGGUACCCUGGCAACGGACAUAAAGCAGUAUUUCUACAGGUACAUAACAGACCAGGAUUACAUCUAUUCGAUCCACACUCGGCUGGCCCACGUGCAUCCAAGCCUUGGUGGGGAACUGCUCUGCCAACGGAUAGAACAGCAGUACCGAGUGGGCCCCCUGGACCUAAACCAGGAGGCCAUCCUGAGGACCAGCAGUGACUUAAACAGCCAGCAAGUCAUCUACUCUGACAACAAUGGCUACCAGAUGCAGCAGAGGCCCUACAAAGCUUUCAAGAGCAAUCCCAUCCCUCGGAAUUACUACCCCAUGGUCCAGUCAGCCUUCAUCGAGGAUGACAAGAGCAAGCUUGUGCUGCUGGCAGAGCGAGCGCAUGGUGUCUCCAGCCAACAGAAUGGGCAGGUAGAGGUGAUGCUCCAUCGGCGGCUGUGGAACAACCUGGCCUGGGACCUGAUGUACAACCUCACGCUGAAUGACACCUCCGUUGUCCACCCGGUGCUCUGGCUCCUGCUGGGGCCUAAAUCCACCACGACUGCCCUGCACCCGAGGAGUGGGGUGGCCCUGCAGCACAGGCCCGUCGUGUUGUUAAAAGAGCUAGCCGACGAAGAGACGCCCGUUCACAGACCCCAUAAUCCCUGGCCUGUGACAUUGCCCCCAAACCUGCACCUGCAGAUCCUCAGCAUACCUGGCUGGACGUACAGCAGGAACCACGCCCAGCACCUGAAGAACCUUCAGAGAGGCCACCCAGAGAAGCCACAACCCAACCUGCAACGUGUGCUGCUGCGCCUGCGCCACCUGUAUGAGGCAGGGGAGGACCCAGUACUGUCUCAGCCUGCCACAGUGGAUCUCAAGGUUGCACUUCGAGGACUGGGGUCUAUAGUGGCCGUGGAGGAACGCUCACUCACAGGGACCUGGGAUGUGCAGAUGCUGCAGCGCUGGCACUGGAGGACAAAGACUGGCCACCUAAAAGGUCACCCGGCCUCUUCACCAAGACCACCAGGAGGCUCCAUCAUUACUGUGUACCCCAAGGAAAUCCGGACCUUCUUCAUUCACUUCCAGCAGUGACAUCAAUGCAUUUGGCCCCAGGGACAUGGAACUGGAACCCACCCACCCCUACUCAUCCCCCCAAAAAAACAACAAUGAAGACCCAGACAGACCCAGAGGGAGGAGCAAGCUGCUCAUUGGACAGCUAUGUGGCAGAAAAUGGCCGUGUGGGGAGAGGAAUAGCUCUUUUUUUUUUUUUUUAAAUAAAAAAUUAAGGACUGGG